UCUAUCGCCUUCCGGGACGGGACGUCUCUCUCCAGUCCCCAAUCUCCACGCCCCCACCCCGCGUGGGUUCUUCGCGACCCGCCGCGGCUCGUCUCCUCGCCUUUUCCAUCUCACCUCGUCUCCCCGGGAAAAUGGCUUCCCCAAUCGCGCCGCCCUCCUCCUCUUCGUGCUUCCGUGGGAAACUCUAUCCACGGUUGAAUGGCAUCAACAGUCAGUCCAUGGCUUCUGUGUUGCGCUAUAAUGUUUCAGUAUUGCCAACCGUGGCAUCAAACAGUUUAAGAACAAGUUCGGUUCACUUGGAAAAUAAUCGUCGAAUCAAAAGCUGCCAUGUAUGUCAUGCGGGGGAUGGCCCUUCAGAACGUGUUUUGGUAAAUGGUCAGGCCAAUCCACCUAAAAUGGUUCAAGCUGAUGCCGCUGCACUUGGGACCAUAUCUGCUGACAUGGCUCCUAUUAUUGAUGGGUUUUCAGCUGAUGAUGAUGAACUUGACCUAGAUCUGCCUACAGAGGGUUUCUCAUCUAUACCUGAAGCUAUUGAAGAUAUUCGUCAAGGGAAAUAUGUGAUAGUUGUGGAUGAUGAGGACAGGGAGAACGAAGGAGACCUCAUAAUGGCAGCAUCAAAGGUAACACCAGAGGCUAUGGCUUUCAUAGUGAGACAUGGCACUGGGAUUGUAUGUGUCAGCAUGAAAGAAGAUGACCUGGAAAGACUGGAACUUCCUCUCAUGGUAGUUGCAAAGGAAAAUGAAGAGAAGCUGCGGACAGCGUUUACGGUUUCAGUGGAUGCUAAAGAGGGGACAACAACAGGGGUUUCAGCCAAGGAUCGGGCAAACACAGUUCUAGCACUUGCAUCUUCUGUUUCUAAGCCUGGGGACUUCAACCGCCCAGGACAUAUUUUUCCUCUUAAAUAUAAAGAAGGUGGUGUCCUCAAAAGGGCUGGGCAUACUGAAGCAUCUGUAGACCUUGCCAUGUUGGCUGGGUUACGUCCUGCUGCAGUUCUUUGUGAAAUUGUUGAUGACGAUGAUGGUUCCAUGGCCUUGUUACCAAAACUGCGAGACUUUGCAGAGAGGGAGAACCUGAAGAUAGUCUCAAUUGCAGACUUGAUUAGAUAUAGAAGAAAGAGAGACAGACUGGUAGAACGUGUUUGUGUUACACCUUUACAAUUACAGUGGGGGUCAUUUAAAUCUUAUUGUUACCGAUCUCUGAUCGAUGGGAUGGAGCACAUUGCAAUGGUCAAGGGCGAUGUUGGGGAUGGCCAGGAUAUCUUAGUGAGAGUCCAUUCGGAGUGCUUAACCGGAGAUAUAUUCGGAUCGGCGAGGUGUGAUUGUGGGGAUCAACUGGCCCUGGCGAUGACCAUGAUUGAGAAGACUGGUCGGGGUGUGGUAGUUUACCUGCGUGGUCAUGAAGGUAGGGGCAUUGGGCUGGGUCACAAGCUCCGGGCAUACAAUUUACAAGACGAUGGGCGGGAUACUGUCGAGGCUAAUGAGGACCUAGGGUUGCCUGCUGACUCACGGGAGUACGGUAUAGGUGCACAGUUACUGCGAGAUCUUGGUGUUCGAACCAUGAGGCUUAUGACUAACAACCCUGCGAAGUACACUGGACUCAAGGGCUAUGGUUUAAGUGUCCUUGGAAGAGUGCCACUGUUGACACCCAUAACUAAUGAGAAUCGGCGUUACAUGGAAACAAAGAGAUUAAAGAUGGGCCACAUCUAUGAAAACCCUCCUAAUGGUAAUAUAAGUGGCACAAACGAGGAUCAGGAGGACAGUAGCAGCGAGCAAGAUCAGACUCCAGAAGCUUAAAUAUCUUCAUGUUUCUGCCGGCAAUAAAAAUAAAAUGGUCGAUUUAAUUUUGAGCAUGUUUGAAGUCCGAUUUUGAUUAUAGUCCUUAUUGUCUAUAGAUGUGUGUUGUAAGCACGUCGCAUGUCCAGCAAAAUUGUAAUUUUGGUGUAACUAACAUGUCAGCCAAUAUGCUCUCUAUGGUUGUGUGAUUUGGGCAUAAUGUGCAGAUUUUUUUAACGGUAAA